AUGACUACCUCAGUAAAGGAUAGACCAGACUUGACGUUUGAUAACCAGCAAGGCGAACAAGGAUUUUGUGCCUUUAUCAGAGGGCUUCCGCAGAAAUCGAAUAACACUAUACGAUUAUUCGAGAGAAGUAAUGGGGAUUAUUAUAGUAUUCAUGGAGAUGAUGCUUUGUAUGUCGCACGAGAUUUUUAUAAAACUUCCUCUGUGAUUAAAUACUUGGGCGGUGAUAUGAAUAAGGGAAUUCCUAGUUGCACGUUAUCACGUUUGGCAUGCGACACAUUUUUACGUGAUGCUUUAUUAAAUAAACAAAUGAGAAUUGAGAUUUGGGUUCAAGGAUUAAAGGGUCAAUGGAAAUUAGUUAAGAAUGCUUCUCCAGGAAAUAUUCAGGCAUUUGAAGAUCAUUUAUUCUCUGAUGUUGAAAUUUCAGCCUCCCCUAUAGUAUUAUCAGUUAAAUUAGGAAUGCAAAAAGAACAAAAGAUCGUUGGUGUUUCCUUUGCCGACACAACAAUAAGAGAAUUAGGUGUGUCAGAAUUUAUUGACAAUGAAUCGUUUUCAAAUUUUGAGUCUUUACUUAUUCAACUUGGAGUGAAAGAAUGUGUGAUUCCCUUAGACGAAAAAGAUUAUGAUUUAUUAAAAUUAAGGGAUAUCAUUGAAAGAUGUGAUUUUACAACCAAGGAUAUUGAACAAGACCUUAAUCGCUUGCUGGGUGAUGAUAUAUCUGUGGUGACUCUUCCCGAAUUUGAGAUGAAGCAUGCUAUGGCUUCCUGCGCAAGUCUUAUUAAAUAUCUAUCGCUUAUGACCGAUGAAAAUAAUCUUGGCCAUUACAUUUUGAGACAUCAUGAUUUGUCACAAUAUAUGAAAUUAGAUACUCCAGCUUUAAAAGCAUUGAAUUUGAUGCCAAAUACCCAAGAAGAACUAAGACAAUCAUUGGUAGAAAUCUUGGUGGAGGAUACGGAACUUAGACUAUCUAUACGGGAAGAACAUUUGAAAAACGUUCCUGACCUUCAUCGCUUAGCAAAACGAUUCCAAAAGAGAAUAGCAUCGUUACAAGAUGUUAUACGCGUCUAUCAAGUAGUAUUAAAGCUUCCCAAGUUGAUUGAAGCUUUAGAAUUGUUUGAUUCCAUGAAUGACUCUAACAAAGAACUUAUUGAUGAAAUAUAUAAUAUAAAACUCAAAGAACAUUACGGUGAACUUGAAAAGUAUCAAGAGAUGGUUGAAACUACAAUUGAUUUGGAAGCCGCAGAUCAUCAUCAUUUUAUGAUUAAGGCUGAUUUCAAUCCGGAGUUAAAGGGAAUCCAAGAUAAAAUUAACAAAGUCAAAGAGGAAAUGGAUGAAGAAUAUGAAAAGGCAAGAUCUUUUACAAAUCUAUCAUUAUUACAAGAUGAUUGGAUAUUAAUAUUAUCUGAUGCAACUUGUAUCCGUGGAAAAAAACAAUAUCUUGAACUUGCUACGCAGCGUAAUGGCGUAUUUUUUACAACCACUAAAUUAAGACAACUGAGUACAUCGUAUUUUGAUAGUUUAGAUAUAUAUGAAAAGGAGCAAAGUUUAUUAGUCAAAGAAGUCAUUGAUAUAGCAGCAUCUUAUUGUCCUACUUUGGAAACUUUGAAUGGAUUAUUGGCUCAUCUUGAUGUCAUAGUUAGUUUUGCACACGUUUCGGUUCACGCGCCAAUACCAUACGUUCGUCCCAAAAUGUAUAAUAAAGGUGUAGGAGAUGUUGUAUUGAAAAAUGCACGUCAUCCUUGUUUAGAAGUGCAAGAUGAUGUUUCAUUUAUACCAAAUGAUGUUAGCUUAAUAAGAGGUCAACAUGAAUUUUUAAUUAUUACGGGACCAAAUAUGGGAGGAAAAUCAACUUAUAUCCGCCAAAUUGGUGUUAUCGCUUUGAUGGCGCAAGUUGGUUGUUUUGUCCCUUGUACUGAAGCAAGUCUUUGUAUAUUUGAUUGCGUUCUUGCAAGAGUUGGCGCCGGUGAUAGUCAACUUAAGGGUGUCUCUACAUUUAUGGCGGAAAUGUUGGAAACGGCAAAUAUUCUAAAGACGGCAACCCCAAAUUCUUUGAUAAUUAUCGAUGAACUUGGAAGAGGAACAAGCACUUAUGAUGGAUUUGGUUUAGCUUGGGCAAUUUCAGAAUAUAUUUCGACGCAUAUUCGAUGUUUUUGUAUGUUUGCGACGCAUUUUCAUGAAUUAACAACAUUGAGUGAAGAAGUUCCUUAUGUAUGUAAUUUACACGUCACGGCACAUAUUGGGUCAAACUCUUCGGGUGGACGAGAUAUUACAUUAUUGUAUAAAGUCAAUGAAGGUGUUUGUGAUGAAAGUUUUGGUAUUCAUGUUGCGGAAUUGGCAAAUUUUCCUGAUACCGUUGUUAAGCUUGCAAGAAGAAAAGAGAAGCAACUGGAAGAGGUUACCAAACACGAAGAAAAGGACGAUAAAGAAAAAUUCUCUAAAGAAGUUAUCGAGAAAGGAAGUACUAUUAUUGAAGAAUUUUUUAAAGAAAUAGCAAAUACUCCUGAUAUAGAUUUCAUGGAUUAUAAAUCAAUAUUGGAACGUAUUUCUACGGUUAAAAACCAAUAUCAAGAAAAAAUCGAGAAUAAUUCGUGGUGUCAGGAGGUUAUCUCCAGAUUUUGA